AUGGCUAGUGGCGACGAAGCUUCGUUUGAGUCGGACGGAAGCGAGUAUGGCGGCGACCUAGUGGUGGCUGGCUCGCAACGUGCCGACGGACGAGCCGCCGCUGUCAGUGGUAGUCCGCUGCGGUUUGACGAGGUCGAGGCUCAGGUGGCUGGUAUGCCUGUCGAGGCGCUGCAGACUCGCGUGGCAGAAGUGAUGCGGAACAACGAGCGGUUGCUGCUGGAGAACGAGGCGCUCUCGGCCUUUGCUGUUGCCCAUCGCGUCGAGGACCGGACAGAGAUGACAGCAACGCACGACGAUGAGUCGCGCCAGCAGCUGUUCGAGCGCUUGCGUGGGCGGAAGGCUCACGAGGUGGCUAUGGUCUCACUCUCGGCCCAUCUCAAGUACGAGGUUACCAUGCAGGUCCAGAUCAUGCUCGCCAAGGAUCGGUCUGUUGCCUCGGCAGCAAACGAGGCCCGUCUCGCAGAACUCCGCGCCAUGCUCGAGGAGGUCGAUCGCAGAGUCGCAGACAUCAAGAUGCAGGAGAAGCAGUUUGAGCGAGACGUGCUCGUCAACGGCCGCAACCCCAUCCCUGGUCGCGGCCAGUCUAUCAUGUCAGAAAAGGUCCAGCGCUACUUUGAGGACGUUCUCCGCGCCCAGGACAACCUUGUCAAGAAGCUCCUGCUCAAGAACUCUACCAUGAAGUCGCAGAUUCACAAGCUCCGCGUUCAGCUGAAGCAAAAGGAGGAGAUGAACGAGGUGCUCGGCCACAUCGACUUUGGCCAGCUCAAGAUCGAGAACCGCCAAUACCUCAACAAGAUCGAGGAGCGGAACCAGGAGCUCCUUCGCCUCAAGCAGACCGCCGGCAACACCGUCCUUGUCCUCAACCGCCACAAGAACUCGCUCGCAGAACUCACCACAGAGUCCGACAAGCUCAAGUACGACAUCCACAUGCGCUCCACCGCCCUCUCAAAGGUCCAGGCCGAGACAGAGACCAUCCGCGACGAGAUCGCAACGCUCGAGACCGCAAACGCCCGCCUCAAGUCGCAACAGGAUGAGUAUGUCGUCCCUUCCGUUCUCUCCUACGUCAAGCAGAACGAGUCCGAGGCCGAACUGUCCAAAAAGGUUGCCUCCUGGACCCGCAAGGUCGAGAUCGCUGAGAUGGCUCUCAAGCGCCAGCGGACUCUGCUCAAGCAGAGCCAGCCGCUAGCCUCUGCUGGCAACUCGCCGUGCACCUCGGGUGCAGCGUCGCUUGGGUCUGGCGACGGGCUGGGGGCGUCGUCCGAGUCGUCGUCGUCGCGGGACUCGCGGGAUGUAUCGCCAUCGGCUGCGGUGCCUAUUGCGACUGCUGGUGGCCCGCCUCGGAUCGCUAACUCGUCGUCUUCCCAGUCGCAGUCGACAGCAGCGUCCUACUCUCCGCGCAGCGGACGGUUUCCGGCCAUUCGUGGCUGGCGGCGGACAAGCCGACCGCGGGUGCGAACGCACGACGGGCUGAGCUCGGAUGCCGGGCCCAACAUCGCCCGCCGCGGCUCACUCGAUGUACAGCAGAUCUUGGCCUCUUCGCGGGUCAUGACCACUUUCCGGCGCUCCGAGUCUGAGCCGACAACAACGCCCGAUGAUAGCGACGACGUGGCAAGUGUGGCACUGCAGCCGCUUGCCAACUCGUCGGACGACGAAGGCCUUUACCCGCCGGUUCGAUCGGGCUCGGAUCCGUCUUUGGCACGGAUCCGCGGCUUUGAGCGUGGGCGUCGGUCGACGCUCGACACGGCUGCAUCCCGGCCGGUCCACCUCGCUUCGCGGCCUCGCCGUGCGUCGGUCUCGUCGCUCUCGGUCUCGUCGUUUGUCUGCCGUGAGCUCGACUCAUCCGGCGCGCGCAUCCGCAUUGUCGAGGUCGUCAUCAACCACCAGGGCAUCUUCACCCAUGUGGACGACGGCUCGGGCUCGGGCGCACACCUCGAGUACAAGCACAGGUUUGCCCGUAUCCAGCAGUUUGGCGUCGAAGAGACUGGCGACGUCUUCUGGUACCGCUUUGUCCCGCCCUCGAACGCAGCGCCCAUUGUGCUCCGUUUCCAAACCGUCCAGGCCCACUCGAUCCACAAGGCAGUCAACAGCCGGAUCCAGGCCCUGAUCAUGGAAGUAUCUCGCUGA